UGCAAUUUUGACUUUGUUGUCGAUAUUUUUAAAAAUGAUGAAAAUGCAACUAUUUAAAGUGUGAUGAAACCGUGUACCACAUUUCUUUCAAUUCAUGUUGAUUAGGUAGUGAUGAAAAACUGACAGAAUUUGUUUGAAACUGAUUCUGCUUUUCUGUUGAUACAGGUAUGUAAACAAAAAUGUGGACGGUUAUUGCAAACAUAGCAUGCAUCGAGACAAUCACCAAAAAAAUCAGAUCAAAGGACCGAAUGAAGUAUUCUAAUGGAUCUGUCCAAUCAAAGAGGGUAAAUACAGACACAUUUUCUCUCCGAAAUGGAGGGCAACUUUUACCUCAUAAAGGAAGCGAAAGUUGGAUUUUUCUUCGAACCUACCAGUGGACCAAAGAAAAUGAAAUUAGUCGGUCCUUUAUGAGGCAGGUGUUUUUCUUCUACUUAUGCAGAAAGGACAGUUUGUCGCAUUACGUAGCGGAAUUGGGUAUUCUGCAUUUUUUUUCUAUCUACCAGAAAGUGUGUGGUGUUUCUAUAGAAGACAAUGCAGCUGUCCUGUCUUGGAAAACCAUCGCCCCUUACAUGUAUGAUACUUACCAUCAUGCCGAUCUACUGAGAUGCCAGACUCUAACAAAACGAAAACUAAAUGUAGUGAAGGUCUGUGUUACUGUUGAGGAACAUGCAGUCGGACAUGAAUUCGAAACUAACGAAGGGAUGGUACAGUUAAAAGCAUUUUCCAAACUAGUACGAAAAAUGAUUCCCUUGCCAGUUUGUGGUGAACAGCUGAUGUGUUACGUCAAAGGUGAUGUGUAUUUAACGGGUAUCCUGAAAUAUUUCUUUAUUCGUCAGGUUUUUACGGACACCGGGGUUGUUUUGGGUAGGUCUGAAUAUGAUGACAUGCACCGCCGUUUGGAAUCUUGCAGACGACUACAGGAAGGAUUUGACGUAAGUGUCGACGAUUUUUCACUAAAACUUGCUGAGGCAGGGUAUUUUCUGACUAAUGACAUCAAAUUGGCUCAGUGUUUCAAAUGUGGCGGGGUACUGCAGCUAAAACAGUUUGAUUUUGACCCUUGGGAGGACCAUGCUUACUGGCACCCUAGCUGUCCAUUCCUCCUAAAGGCCAGAGGUCAGGAGUUCGUCGACAAAGUUCGACUUGAACUGAAGCAGAGAUGUGAUUUCAAUUCAGAGUGUGUUUUCACGUUUAAGCUUCGAAAUUUAGCUCCCGUUCAACCGUCAAGAAGAUUACCAGCAGAAAGUGAAUCGAGCGACGAAUCAGAUGAUUACGAGGAGGAGGAUGACGAUUAUUUUGGAUCAGAAAGUCCCGAGAGUGAUUAUUUCUCUGACGAUGAGUUUUAUUGAUUCCUUUUGAAAAACGCUUAUACUUCUAUUUAAAUUAUUGUCAUCAUAAUAUUUUAUGCAGACAUUGUUUUGUUAACAUAUGUACAUAGCUACAUAAUUUCAACUUUAUCAUUCCUCAGUCUCUUUCGGAGGAAUGCUUAGUAAUCUGAAACAUGCCGAAUGUAAGUUCAUUGCUUGUUUCAAUAAUGCAAGAUAUGUAACUUUAACAAGUGAUGGGAAUUCAGCGCUAAUAUAGUGUCCAUGUAAUUCGAAUAUCACUCUGUUUAUUGAUGAAAAAAAAUUAUUUUUGUAAUUGAUAUUUUGAAUAAACAAAUGGAAAGAUUGAA